GCCGCUACAGAAGGCAUCGCAGGGUGUGAGAAGUCAGCACCAUGGCAGGGGCCUCUGUGAAAGUAGCGGUCCGGGUCCGCCCUUUCAAUUCGAGAGAGAUCGGAAAAGAAAGUAAAUGCAUCAUUCAGAUGUCUGGAAACACCACCACCAUCAUCAACCCCAAGCAGGCCAAAGACAACAAGAGCUUCAACUUUGAUUACUCCUACUGGUCCCACACCUCGCCCGAGGACGUCAACUAUGCGUCCCAGAUGCGAGUGUAUAAAGACAUCGGGGAGGAAAUGUUGCUUCACGCCUUCGAAGGCUACAACGUCUGCAUCUUUGCUUACGGUCAGACUGGAGCCGGCAAGUCCUACACCAUGAUGGGGAAACAGGAUGUCAAGGACCAGGAAGGAAUCAUCCCCUUGCUGUGUGAAGAUCUAUUUACCAAGAUCAACGAUAACACAGACAACAGCAUGUCCUACUCUGUGGAGGUCAGCUACAUGGAAAUCUACUGUGAGCGAGUGCGGGACCUGCUGAACCCCAAAAACAAGGGGAACCUGCGCGUGCGAGAGCACCCUCUGAUGGGGCCGUACGUGGAGGACUUGUCCAAGCUGGCCGUCACCUCCUACAACGACAUCCAGGACCUGAUGGACUCUGGCAACAAGGCCAGGACCGUCGCUGCCACCAACAUGAACGAGACGAGCAGUCGCUCACACGCUGUCUUCAACAUCAUCUUCACCCAGAAACGCCACGACGCAGAGACGGACAACACGUCUGAAAAGGUCAGCAAAAUCAGUUUAGUGGAUCUGGCUGGCAGCGAGAGGGCGGACUCUACUGGAGCCAAGGGGACCAGGCUCAAGGAAGGAGCAAAUAUCAACAAAUCUCUAACCACGCUGGGAAAAGUCAUCUCUGCUUUAGCAGAAGUGGACUCUGGGCCUAAUAAGAAUAAAAAGAAGAAGAAAGUGGAAAGCUUCAUCCCCUACAGAGAUUCAGUUCUAACUUGGCUCCUGAGAGAAAAUCUGGGGGGUAACUCCAGGACCGCCAUGGUAGCCGCUCUGAGCCCCGCCGACAUCAACUACGACGAGACCCUCAGCACACUCAGGUACGCGGACCGUGCCAAGCAGAUCCGCUGCAACGCCGUCAUCAACGAGGAUCCCAACAACCGACUGGUGCGCGAGCUGAAGGAGGAGGUGUCUCGCCUGAAGGAUCUCCUCUAUGCCCAGGGCCUGGGCGACAUUAUUGAGACAUAUCGAGUGUCCGCUGCAGAUAUAGAGGGUUUGAAAUACCUAUCCGAUUACAAGAACAAUAACAAUAAAGGCCAAGCUGUGAAUCAAAGGGAUGAUCUCUCCACAGUGACCAACGCCAUGACGGGGAUGAGCCCCUCUCCGUCUCUCUCAGCACUGUCCAGUCGUGCCGGGUCUAUUGCCAGUCUGCACGACCGCAUCAUGUUCAGCCCGGGCAGCGAGGAGGCCAUCGAGAGGCUGAAGGAAACAGAAAAAAUCAUUGCAGAGCUCAAUGAGACAUGGGAAGAGAAGCUUCGCAGAACUGAGGCCAUUCGAAUGGAACGAGAGGCGCUGCUGGCAGAAAUGGGCGUCGCCAUGCGAGAAGACGGUGGCACAGUUGGUGUGUUUUCUCCUAAGAAGACUCCUCAUUUGGUGAACCUCAACGAGGAUCCUCUGAUGUCCGAGUGCCUGCUCUACUACAUUAAAGAUGGAAUCACCAGGGUGGGUCGCUUGGAUGCCAGCAGCCGACAGGACAUCGUCCUCAGUGGCCACUUCAUCAAGGACGAGCACUGCACUUUCACCAGCUCCACGGGUCCAACAGGGGAAACGGUCGUCCUCGAGCCCUGUGAGGGAGCCGAGACGUACGUCAAUGGGAAGAGAGUGACAGAGCCCACCAUCCUCAAAUCAGGAAACCGCAUCAUCCUGGGGAAGAGCCACGUCUUCCGGUUCAACCACCCGGUGCAGGCCAGGGCGGAGCGGGAGAGGACCCCCUGUGCCGAGACCCCCGCUGAGCCUGUGGACUGGGCGUUUGCUCAGAGGGAGCUGCUGGAGAAGCAGGGCAUCGACAUGAAGCAAGAAAUGGAGCAGAGGCUGCAGGAGUUGGAGGAUCAGUAUCGUAAAGAGAGAGAAGAGGCCAACAACCUCCUGGAGCAGCAGAGACUGGACUAUGAGAGCAAGCUGGAGGCUCUUCAGAAGCAGGUCGAUCGCUAUUACCCAGAGGCCGCCGAAGAAGAGGAGGAACCAGAAGAGGAAGUGCAGUGGACGGAGAGGGAGAGGGAGCUGGCUGUGUGGAGCUCUCGAAAGUGGAGGUGCUACCAGUUCACGUCGCUCCGCGACCUGCUGUGGGGAAACGCCAUCUUCCUGAAGGAGGCCAACGCCAUCAGUGUGGAACUCAAGAAGAAGGUCCAGUUCCAGUUUGUGUUGUUGACAGACACCCUCUAUUCCCCUCUGCCUCCUGACCUUUUGCCCCCGGAGGCAACUAAGGACAUAGAGAAGCGGCAUUUCCCGAGAACCAUUGUAGCCGUGGAAGUUCAAGAUCAGAAGAAUGGAGCUACUCACUACUGGACUUUAGAAAAACUAAGGCAGAGGCUGGAUCUCAUGAGGGAGAUGUACGAUCGCGCUGCCGACGUGCCGAACAGCACCGCAGAGGAGGGUGAAAACGUGAUGACGGGAGGCGACCCCUUUUAUGAUCGCUUCCCCUGGUUCCGCCUGGUCGGCAGAAACCCCAUUUUCAACACAUGCAUGAGCGAGCGCAUGAGUGACCCUACCCCAUCCCCGACCCUUUCCACCUCUGAAAUUACUGAGCUGGCUGACUCGCAGCGGGAGGGUCGAGGGGAGGAGGAGUUGGAGGAGUUGGAGGACCUGGACGAUGAUAUCUUUUUGGACGACCCGUGCGCGGAGCUCGGGGGAGAGGAUGAUGAUGUUGAUGAUGAUGAUGAUGAUGAUGAUGAUGAGGGCGAGCUCUGCCGAGGCUCCAGCGAAGGCCAAGACCCCUUUUACGACCGCUCACCAUUAUUCAGUGUAGUGGGAAGGGCUUUUGUGUAUCUGAGCAAUCUGCUGUACCCGGUUCCCCUCGUGCACCGUGUGGCCAUCGUCAGUGAGAAGGGAGAAGUGAAGGGCUUCCUCCGCGUGGCGGUGCAGGCGAUAUCAGCCGAUGAGGAAGCGCCCGACUACGGCUCGGGAGUGAGGCAGUCAGGAACCGCCAAAAUCUCUUUUGAGGAUCAGCAGUACGAAAAGUUCCAGUCGGAGUCCUGCUCUGUGGGACUGUCCCGCACAGGGAUCUCUCAGGAGGAGCUUCGCAUUGUGGAGGGAGAAGGCCAGAAUGCAGAAAUGGGGCCGUCAGCCGACGAAGUCAACAACAACACAUCCGGCGGAGAGGAGCAGGAGGCCCCGCUGAAGGCCGGCCUGGAGGGCGCAUUGGAAGCGACCCUGGAGCACCUGAAGAUCGGGAAUAUCUUCACCUUCAGGGUGACGGUGCUGCAGGCUUCCAGCAUAUCUGCAGAAUACGCUGAUAUCUUCUGCCAGUUCAAUUUCAUUCACCGGCACGAUGAAGCCUUUUCCACCGAGCCUCUUAAAAACACCGGCCGCGGCCCACCUCUCGGCUUCUACCACGUCCAGAAUAUUGCUGUCGAAGUGACCAAGUCCUUCGUGGACUACAUCAAGACUCAGCCGAUCGUGUUUGAGGUGUUCGGACAUUAUCAGAAACAGCCUUUCCUUCCACUCUGUAAAGACGUCAUGAGCCCGCUUCGCCCCUGCAGAAGACAGUUCCCCCGAGUGAUGCCUCUGUCCAAGCCAGUUCCUGCCACCAAGCUGACCGCCGUCACUCGUCCGCAGGCAGGACCCUGCCACUGCAAAUACGAUCUCAUGGUUUUCUUUGAGAUCUGUGAGCUGGAGGCCAACGGAGAUUACAUCCCUGCCGUGGUGGACCACAGAGGAGGGAUGCCGUGCCACGGCACAUUCCUGCUGCACCAGGGCCUCCAGAGGAGAAUCACUGUUACCAUUGUACAUGAGUCUGUGGAUGAUCUGGAGUGGAAGGAGGUCCGUGAGCUCGUUGUCGGACGGCUGCGUAACACCCCGGAGGCUGACGAGACCAUCAUCGACCCCAAUAUUCUGUCUCUGAACAUCCUGUCUGCUGGCUAUGUCCGGCCCAUGCCGGACGACAGACAGUUUCUUGAUUCGGACAUGCCUAGCAUUUCCCUGGGAGUUGACCAUAGGACUUUCUACCGCUUUGAGGCAGCUUGGGACAGCUCCAUGCACAACUCCCUGCUCCUCAAUCGAGUGACUCCAUACGGGGAGAAGAUCUACUUGACCCUUUCGGCAUACCUGGAUAUGGAGAGUUGCACGCAGCCUGCAGUCAUAACCAAAGACAUCUGCAUGGUGUUUUACUCCAGAGACACAAAGCUCUCAGCGUCCCGGUCAAUCCGCAACCUGUUCGGCACAGGGAGCUUCAGAGCGGCCGAUGGAAACCGUGUGACCGGAGUCUAUGAAGUCACUUUGUGUAACCCGGCAGACGCGGGAAGCCCAGGCAUGCAGAGAAGGCGCAGACGGGUGCUGGACACCUCUGUGGCUUACGUCCGUGGCGAGGAAAACCUGGCCGGGUGGAGGCCCCGCAGUGACAGCCUCAUCUUAGACCACCAGUGGGAGCUGGAGAAACUCAGCCUCCUCCAGGAUGUGGAGAAGACCAAGCAUUACCUCCUGCUGAGGGAGAAGCUGGAGUCCACCCUACUGCUGGGGCAGGAGGCUCUUCAGUCCUGUGUCCCUGAGGAGCUGAACGAGUCUCCUCAACCCUCUGAGGUCGAGCAGGAGCUCAGCUCCACAAAUGAAAUCACCACUGAGAGGCAGAGGGAGCUCGCCGCCAAGUGUUUGCGACUCCUCCUUCACUCUUUCAAUAGAGAAUACAGCCAUGUGUGUGUCAGCGCCAGCGAAAGCAAGAUCUCCGAGAUGUCUGUCACAACGCUGAGAGACUCACCUUCAAUCUGUGCUCUUAACACAAUCACACCCUCGUCAACAUGCCCCUCGCUGGUUGAGGGUUGCUAUAGCAACGCUGAGCUCAGACCACCUAUGCCUCGUUCUCGAGCCAUCAGCCCAAAUCCAGACACACCGCAGGACGCCGAGGCCAAGAAGUCCAUCAACGGUGCGCCUGAGACCAAACCACGGACUCGCAAGUUUGUCCCCGACAUCCAGGAGAUCAGAGUUAGCCCCAUCGUGUCAAAGAAGGGUUACAUACAUUUCUUGGAGCCGCACACCAACGGCUGGGUGAAGCGCUUCGUCGUCGUGCGGCGGCCGUACGUCUACAUCUACAACACGGAAAGAGACGCGGUGGAGCGGGCGAUCCUCAACCUGUCCUCUGCUCAGGUGGAGUACAGCGAGGACCAGCAAGCCAUGCUCAAGACGCCCAACACGUUCGCCGUGUGCACGGAGCACCGUGGGAUCCUGCUUCAGGCCGCCAACGACAAAGAGAUGCACGACUGGCUCUAUGCCUUCAAUCCUCUCCUCGCUGGAACAAUCAGGUCAAAGCUGUCGAGAAGACGAGCUGGACAGAUGAGGAUCUGAAACAAGACUCUGAGCAGAUCUCACCAGAGAGAGCAAAAACUAAGGUGUACAUAGAUCUUUGUGCUGAGCCCCGCUCCCCACUACCACAG